AUGUCAUUUCUUAUUGAUAGAUUUAAAAAUUCUGAUUUUGAUGAAGUAGCAAAUGAAAAAGAAAAUGAGAGUAAACUUCCUCAUAUGAAUGAGGAACCAAUAAAUCCAUCCAAAAACCUCAGAAAAAAGCUGAAUUUAAAUGAUACCGUUUAUUCUGAUUAUGGCUCUUGCAUAAAAUCGCUUUUAAUAGCUAAAUCCCCCUUAGUAAACAAGCAGAGCUAUUAGAUAAAUUCUACUUAUUUGGGAAAUUAGCCUAUCAGUAAGCAAGCAAAAAAUAUUAUUAUAUAUAAAUGAUAAUUUCUGUAAUAAAUCUAUCGAUAAUUUUACUAAAUUCAAAACAGUUUAUUUUUUUUAAAAUAAACUUUAUGAAAUUAUGAAAUGAAAUUAAUUUUUUAAUUAUAAAUAUUCCUAAAAUCGAAAAAUAUUAACAACUUAUAUUUAAUUUUUUAAAAUUAAAUUCCCUGAGCGCAAAAAUAUUUAAUUUGGUCCAGAGAGUAGAAAAGAGUAAAGAAACUGAAUACGACACUUCAGAUUGCUUGGCAAAUCAUCGUAUAACUGAGGAUCAACGCAGCAAAAUGGUCGAUUGAAUUGCAGAAGUCAUUCACAUUUUCAAUUGCUCAAUUGAAACUUUCUUUUUAGCAGUAAAGAUAAUGGAUCGCUAUUUUAAACUGCUAAAGCGGACGGUUGGUAUUGAAGAACUUCACGUAAUUGGAGCAGCCAGCAUAUACAUUGCAUCGAAAUUUCAAGACAUAGUUCCAUUGACCAUGAAUACUUUAUAUUCAAAAGUUGUUCAUUGUAUCUUGCCAACAAGCUACAUAAAAAAGGUCGAAAGAGAUAUUCUUCAUACCUUGAAUUAUCAGCUAGAUUUUCCGACUGUAUUAGAAUUUUUAUACCCCCAUUUAAUAGGCCAAAAUGACGAAUUUUCAAAAACAGCCAUCGUAAUCUCCGAAUUAUCUCAGCUCAGCUACGAGUUAUCAUCCCUAAAGCCUUCUCAUCUUGCAUUAGCAAUUUAUAUCCUUGCCCGACAAGUCAUUCUAAAGCAUGAACAAAUUUAUAUCCGAGGCCCUGUGCUUGAAGCCCUUAACGAACUGAAAAAGUUCCUCAUUGACUACUGCUUCAACUGCAACGAAAUGGUGUCAAUCUUGACCAACUACAACGCAAAAAUAAAUUUAAACACAGGCAAACUGCUUGAGUUUAAAGACGAAUCCUUCAUGUAA